UCAUACGUAUUCUAUAAUGGUUUAUAGUUUAUACUUUAUACGUUUGAGUGAUUUUACUUCAACUUGAUGAGUGAUUGGAAAAUUCUCCAAUUAUUAUCAAGAACAAGACCUGGCUGUACUUUGGACUAAAGUCCUUUGCCUACCCCAAUCCCCAUUAGGGAUAAUUUAAUAUCAUCAUCAUCAGUCAGUGAUUGUUUUUUGUAGUUUUUAUUUGAAUUUCGAAAUUGACUGGCAACUGGCAAGCUGGAUUCUUAUUUCUAUUGUCCUGAUUGAUAUAGUCCAACAUUAAUAGAGGUUAUAAAUAUGCCGAAGAAAAAGACGGGGCAACGCAAGAAGGCAGAAAAGCAAAAACUUCGGCAGAAAGAAAUUCGCAAUGCAAGAGGGCAUAUUGACUUAGCACAACACCCAUGUAACCUUCCAAUGGAUUGUGAUAAGUGCCAAAAGAAGCAGAAGAGUCGGGCGUUCUGCUACUUUUGUUCGGCCCUACAGCGCCUACCAGUUUGUGCGCAGUGCGGGAAGGUGAAAUGCAUGCUGAAGUCUGGUGACUGUGUGGUCCGGCACCCCGGUGUAUACACUACCGGAUUGGGAAUGGUGGGUGCAAUCUGUGACUUCUGUGAGGCUUGGGUGUGUCACGGGCGAAAGUGCCUGCAGUCACACGCCUGCACCUGCCCUCUUCAAGAUGCGGUCUGUCUGGAAUGUGAAAGAGGAGUGUGGGAACACGGAGGACGAGUUUUCAGAUGUUGCUUCUGUCAAGGUUUCCUCUGUGAAGAUGACCAGUUUGAACAUCAGGCCUCUUGUCAGGUGCUCGAGUCUGAAACGUACAAAUGUCAGUCGUGCAACCGCCUGGGGCAGUACUCGUGCAUGCGAUGCAAGACCUGUUUCUGCGACGAGCACGUGCGUCGCCGCGGCACCAAGCCGUCGAGAGGAGCGCCGCCCUGUCCGCGCUGCUCCUACGCUCUGCACCUCACUUCGGACCUCGCCCUCUCCACUCGCUCCCACCGAUACGGGCGGCAAGGCGCGGCCGCCGCCGACGACGACGACUACUCCUCGUACUCUCACUCGGCUGCAUUUGAUGAAAGCCGAGAUUACACUUAUUCAGAUGAGGAUGGGUCGGAUGAGGACGACGACGACGACGAUGAGGAUGAGGACGAGGACGAGAGCUCGGAAGACGACGAGGAGGGCGACAAAGGCCCGACCCCUGGCCCCGCAGACACCUAAUCGCAGAUAUCUCGGGAAUAAGCUCAUUAUGUAUUUUGAAUUAAACAAUAUGUUAUUUGAACUUAA